UUAGACAUCAAACAACCACAACCCUAGCUGCCCCUGACACUCGCUCUCGACCCCUCAUUGCUAUCGCGCAUCACUCCCGACAACUUUCUCGUUUGUUGUUUAGCUGCGCGCAUCCAGACGCCAUGGCUUCGCACAGGCCCAGCGCGUCCGUCACGCUGCCACGCGACUUCAAGUUCGGCCACGAAGACGGAGAAACACCACAGACACCUGCUAGACCUUCGACCGCUGUCGACUCAUUUGAUCUUGAAGCCCCUGUGCUUCCUAGACAGACAUUCAAGUUGCGCCGUCGCCCACGCGACCAGCAAACUGGCGCAAUGGACGAGGCUCCCAUUCUUCCCAGCAUCGAGAUGACAGAAGCAGAUGAGCCGGCUCACUUCGCUUCUGCUCUCCACAUGUCUUCUCCAGGAUACCUCGCUCCGCGCCCUGGUUUCUUCCGUCUGUCGUCACCGCCCAAGACACCUGCAUCUCAGGUGACAUCCUAUACCAUCGAAACAACGGAUGCUACAGAAUGGUCGAUGUUCCACCCCAUUCACCUCCACGACAUCAUCCAGCGACCAUCAUCUGCUGGAUCGACCUUCUCUGAUUCUUCCGCAACCUCGCAAGGUAGCAGCUUCGACUCAAAGUCCUCCUUCGAUGCCGGCAGCUGCACCAGUCCUGAAAGCGACGUUGGCGAUCCUUUCGCCUACUUUGAUCGCAAGUUCGGAAUGCCGGGCUCGACCACUCCAUCCAGCCGUUUCCCGAAUGCAAAGCGUGUCAAGACGAUGCGCCAUCCUCACUUCACUCCAGAGAUGGAUAACCAUCUCUGGUUCACCUACAUGACCUACGUCCAGGAUCCGAGAGUCACUCCGUUUAAGAUGCUACCUGGCACCUCCCCACCUUUGGGCGUCUGUCAUCGUGUCGCGCGUGAGGCAAAGGCAUCGUGGCGCGGAAACCGCUUGUCGCAAGCGCCCUACGGCAUUCCUCGCAUCUCGAUCCAGAGCGCUGAUUCCCCUGAUCCUAUCUCUCCGUCCGACCUUAUGGACCAAUCUACCCCUACUGCUGCCUACUCACAUCCUAUCGCGCUUAAGUGGCCGCGCUCCGAGGGUGCUACGCGCCGCCGUCUGCGCGAGUUGUGUAAGCGCAAGCCUUCUCUUUCUGCACACUACAUGAGGCUGCUGCGAACCCGUAGUCCUUCUCCCUUCGAGUCUUCAAGCAGCGUUAGUGCUAGUAGCAGCCCAAACCAGCCCUCUGCCCCUGUCGCUCAGCCACCUACCCCUCAGCCUUCAUCGUUUUCGAGCCGCAGUCUGAACGUCUCGCUUGCCGAGGCGACUGCUCCUUCGAUGCAACUAGACGGGCCGCUGGCUCAACUUCACAACCGUACACCUCAGCCUUCCAUGGCUCCCAUGGCACCUCAGCAGCGUCGUGGCUCUGACUGGUACGCUCGUAUUGGCCGUUCCGGAGCACGGGCUGCUCAUCAGAAGAGUCAGUCCCUGCAACUUGGGUUAGGCUUGGGUUCUUCUUCUGGCAUGCAGUCAAAUCCCUUCGAGCGUGGCAGUAUCCUUGCCUCGCCUUUCGAUGACAGCGAACCAUCACGUCAAAACUUCCUGGACAACAUGAGCAAGACACAGUCACUUGGACGUGCCUUCUUGAAUGACAACAACAACCGUCUUACAGACGCCGGCCCUUCGUUGCGCUCCCCCUUCCCACUUGAUGGUCCCAUGCCAAGUGUCAAGUCUCUGAAACGCAGAUUUGGUGUUGACGACCAGUCAGCCCCCCAGCAGCCAUCGCUGGAGGAUGUCUUUACCGCACCCCCAGCAGUCACUCCUCAUCCUAUGCGUAAUCGCGGCUUCAGCUUGGGUGCUGUGAACGGUAUGGCGCAGAAUGCGAACACCAGCUUUCCGCAGCUGUUCACGCCCGCGUCAUCGACCGCUGAUCGCAACAUGGGCGAAACCUCGGCCAGACUCAACCUACCAAAAGUUGCACAGCCACCCAGGCUCGGUUCUCCCUUCGGUGGUGUUUCGAUACUUUUACUGCAUCUUUUCGUGUUCCUUCUUCUUCAGUACUGUUGUUCUUUCUUUUCCUUCGUCUCUUUGACGUAUCAACGAGACCAGCGAUUCCGAGCCACGCAGACAUUAUACAAUGCAUAACAAGAUGGUGCACACAACGGGGUCAGGCAGGCGCAAAAGGCUGCUUUCUAUGGGGUUUCUUUCUUUUUCUCUUUUUACUUUGAAACAUGUUGGUAGAAAAGCCUUUGAUGAUGUUUACAUUGGAGGGUUCUCUGUCAAUAACAAUACCAAAAAAAAAGAGGAGGCGCAAAUCGUGGGUAU